AGAGGUAAUGAAUGAAUGAAAGAUGUAAUAAAUGAAGAGGUAAUGAAUGAAUGAAAUAUGUAAUAAAUGAAGAGGUAAUGAAUGAAUGAAAGAUGUGUAAAUGAAGAGGUAAUGAAUGAAUGAAAGAUGUGUAAAUGAAGAGGUAAUGAAUUAAUGAAAGAUGUGUAAAUGAAGAGGUAAUGAAUGAAUGAAAUAUGUAAUAAAUGAAGAGGUAAUGAAUGAAUGAAAGAUGUAAUAAAUGAAGAGGUAAUGAAUGAAUGAAAUAUGUGUAAAUGAAGAGGUAAUGAAUGAAUGAAGAGGUAAUGAAUGAAUGAAAGAUGUGUAAAUGAAGAGGUAAUGAACGAAUGAAAGAUGUGUAAAUGAAGAGGUAAUGAAUGAAUGAAGAGGUAAUGAAUGAAUGAAAGAUGUGUAAAUGAAGAGGUAAUGAACGAAUGAAAGAUGUGUAAAUGAAGAGGUAAUGAAUGAAUGAAGAGGUAAUGAAUGAAUGAAAGAUGUGUAAAUGAAGAGGUAAUGAAUGAAUGAAAGAUGUGUAAAUGAAGAGGUAAUGAAUGAAUGAAGAGGUAAUGAAUGAAUGAAGAGGUAAUGAAUGAAUGAAGAGGUAAUGAAUGAAAGAGCUGACGUCCUCUGUCCCGUGUUGUUGUGCAGGUCUGACGGAUGACAAGGUGAAGGCCUACCUCUCCCUUCAUCCUCAGAUGCUGGAUGAGUUUGUAUCGGAGAGCGUGAGUUCAGAGACACUGGACAGAUGGCACAAGAGGAAGAGCGGCGGAAGCCUGCCUGCAGAUGACACGUCAUCAGGCAGUAGGCAGUACCAGGACAGUAACAUGCAGAACGUGGUACAUGACCUCACCAAUUACCUGGAACAGCGGCUGGACCCCGGAGGAGACAACAAGCUUCUAUUCUAUGACUUGUGCACCAUCAUCAAAACAGCCACGAAAGCAGACGGAUUUGCACUUUACCACUUGGGAGAAUGCAACAAUAGCUUGUGUUUGUUUAAACCGGCGGGGGCUAAGGACGGUCCUCCCACCUUCAUCCCAGCUGGUCCCAUCACGUUUGGGACCACCAUCGCCGCUCAUGUCGCCACAACACGCAAAAUACUGCUAGUAGAGGACAUCACAGGGGACGAGCGUUUCCCUGAAGGCACAGGUCAGGACUCAGACUCAGGGAUUCAUGUUCACUCUGUCCUGUGCCUCCCCAUCCUCACGGCCAUCGGUGACCUCAUAGCUAUCCUGGAGCUGCAUCGGCACAGAGGCCACGAGCCUUUCAAUAUCAGCAACCAGGAGGUUGCGACGGCGAGUUUAGCAUGGGCAUCUGUAGCUAUUCACCAAGUACAGGUGUGCAGAGGCCUAGCCAAACAGACCGACCUCAAUGACUUCCUGCUAGAUGUGUCAAAAACGUACUUUGACAACAUUGUGGCAAUAGAUUCUCUACUUGAACACAUAAUGAUAUAUGCAAAAAACCUGGUGAAUGCGGACAGAUGUGCACUGUUCCAGGUGGACCACAAUAACAAUGAACUGUACUCAGACCUGUUCGACAUCGGGGAGGAGAACGAGGGCAAACCUGUCUUCAGGAAAACCAAAGAGAUUAGGUUUUCUAUAGAGAAAGGUAUAGCGGGCCAAGUGGCACGGACGGGGGAGGUCCUUAACAUCCCAGACGCCUAUGCAGACCCACGCUUUAAUAGAGAGGUAGACCUCUAUACGGGCUACACCACGCGGAACAUCCUAUGCAUGCCCAUCGUUUCCAGGGGGACCGUAAUAGGGGUCGUACAGAUGGUUAACAAGCUGAGUGGAAGUGCCUUCACCAAAACAGACGAGAACAACUUCAAGAUGUUUGCCGUCUUCUGUGCUCUAGCCUUGCACUGUGCCAACAUGUACCACCGGAUCAGGCACUCUGAGUGUAUCUACAGGGUAACCAUGGAGAAGUUGUCCUACCACAGUAUCUGUACUUCAGAGGAGUGGAAGACCCUCACGAAGCUGGACCUUCCUACACCCCUAUACAAAGAGAUAGAACUGUUUCAUUUUGACAUUAGUCAGUUUGAGGAGCUGUGGCCGGCUGUCUUUGUUUACAUGGUCCACAACUCAUGUGGAGAGACCAGUUUUGAGCUAGAGAAGUUGUGCAGGUUCACUAUGUCUGUGAGGAAGAAUUAUCGGCGUGUUCCCUACCACAACUGGAAACAUGCGGUGAACGUGGCUCACUGUAUGUACGCCAUACUGCAGAAGACCACCGGCAUCUUCACUGAGAUAGAGAAGAAGGGUCUGCUGAUAGCCUGUCUAUGUCAUGAUCUGGACCAUCGAGGAUACAGUAACACCUACCUGCAGAAGUUUGACCAUCCUCUAGCUGCCCUGUACAGCACGUCUACAAUGGAGCAGCACCACUUCUCCCAGACUGUAUCCAUCCUGCAGCUGGAAGGGCACAAUGUUUUCUCCAACCUGACUUCCAGUGAGUACGAGCAGGUGUUAGAGAUCAUCCGCAAGGCCAUCAUCGCUACAGACCUGGCGCUCUACUUCGGCAACCGCAAACAGCUAGCUGAGCUACUGACCACGGAGGCACUGGACCUAGACAACCACCAACACAGGGACCGUGUGAUUGGUCUGAUGAUGACAGCAUGUGACCUGUGUUCCGUUACCAAGCUGUGGCCAAUCACACGACUCACGGCUAAUGACAUCUACGCUGAGUUCUGGGCCGAGGGGGAUGAGAUGAAGAAGAUAGGUAUACAGCCCAUCCCUAUGAUGGACAGAGAUAAGAAGGAAGAGGUUCCUCAGGGGCAGGUGGGGUUCUACAAUGCUGUUGCACUCCCAUGUUAUACCACUUUAUCUGAGCUCUUCCCCCCUUCCAGCCCUCUUCUACAAGCCUGCAAGGAGAACCUUGGUCAGUGGGAGAAGAUAGUAAAUGGAGAGGAGGUGGACAGUGGAGUGAGAGGAGUGUGGGCUCCGUCAGAGCCUGUUGACCCCAGGGCAGAGCCUGUUGACCCCAGGGCAGAGCCUGUUGACCCCAGGGCAGAGCCUGUUGAUCCCAGGGCAGAGCCUGUUGAUCGCAGGGUAGAGCCCAGCACUGAGGAACCAUCGAACCACGACUCAGGCCCUGUGAAGGUGGACAACUGACUGGCAAUGAAGCCACGGCUCGCCCUCACUACUUCACAAGUCAAUACGCCCUCAACACAUCCCCUGCCAUUAACAGGGACUACUUCCUGUCUGAACUGUUAGAGAGCCUCACUUCAUGCUGAAACAGGAAGGAGGGGAACACAUGCGUAGGGACUAGGGAAGGUGAUUGGUGGAUUUGACAAACAAGGGGAUUCUUUUCAGGACCACACAGUUACCUCAUUGGGUGAGGGAGGUGAGGAGUAAACCCUGCCAGUGUUCAUUGCUCCGUAGACACACGGAUGGACGGCUGGAGGACAGCGGGCUCUUGUUCAUUAGGCACGAAACGGAAGCUAACGGGCAGAAACAGGGAGGAACUACCUGGACUUGUCCUUGAGGUGGGGACUCACCUGAUCAACUCCACUGCUCGGGAACCAAUUCAUACCGAUCCAAAUGGAUCCAUAUGUCUGUGGUGUUGGUUUUUUUUUGGUCUGUUUUAGUUGGUUUGUUUUUAAUAGAUUUAAAUUGUGGCUGGUUUGUUUUAUGUUCCGGUCUUGUGAUUUGCAGAGGCCUUUAGUCUUUACACUCUAAUCCUUUAAAAAGGAUCAGGAGGUGUGAAAUCUU